CGGCGGCAGUCAAAAACUGAUGAUGUUUAACAGUAAAGUACUUCCGGUUUGUAGCUCCGUUUGUAAACAAACUUGAGGGCAAAACUGGCGUAGUGCUACUCUGGUGCUACUUCGUCUUACGAUAGAGUCUCACGGCUAGUGGUUAUCUCGGUGUCCGUGUUUAUCCUGCAACAUAUUCGCCCUCUUUGCGGCCAUGUUGUUGCUCCGGACUGCGGCUCUGAGCUGCAGAGGUCUGCCCGCUCUGCGCUGCCUGCCCGCCGCCUACACGGGCUCCAGAACCACCGCUAACGUUACAUACAUCCAAGGCCAGAGCCCGGUACCACGUAUCCGUGAAUACUUCUACUAUAUUGACCACCAAGGACAGCUUUUCCUCGAUGACACUAAAGUGAAGAACUUUGUCACCUGCUUCAAAGACAUAAAGUUCCUGAUCUUCUUCUUCAGUCGGCUGUGCUCAAAUCAGAGCGGUCGCUAUGAGGAGGACUUCCCCUUCUUGUCCCUGUGUGGCAGGGAGAGGAACUUUGUGCGCUGCGAUGACCGUCCCAUUGUCUUCACCCACCUGCUGCAGAAUCCAGCGACGUCGCCGGGAAUCAUGGGAGAUCAGGAGCUGCUGUCGUACUGCGGCGGGGCGGAGAAGCUGUCGGCCCCGUUCCGCCCGGAGGCGCUGUACAUGCAUCCGGUCAGCGGGCGAGUUUACCACCCCUGCUCGGAGCGCGGAGGGGGGGUCGGCCUGGUCAGGUCGGCUCUGGCCAUCGAGCUCAGCCCCUUCUUUGUUUACGCUCCGGAGCUCGGCCAAUCAGGACAGCCGACACACUUUCUCUGGGGCGGACAGAAGCACACGCUGACCAAUGAGCUUGCAGGAUGCUUCCCCACUGCGGAGGAGGGCAGCGGGCAGAAGGAUGAACUGGGAUAACGACCAGAACUGGUCAAAAGUGUGCCUAAGAUUUUUCAAAUGCUGUCUGUGUAAGCCAUCAGUGUUCCGUACUGGCACUGGGAAAAGACGACCACGUUCUCACAGUUGUGAUCACUAUGUGAUCGUUACUGUUGAAGCCUGAGCCGAUGUUUCCUCCUAUCCUAGUUGAUGUGACGUGUGAGAUAUUCACUGAUGAUGCGGAGUGUCCCUGGCGUUUUGUGGCUUGAGACUACUCAAACAUAGCAGUGUCUCCCCUCACUACAGGUUGCAGUUUUAAAAAAAAAUCCCUUUUAGAUUCCCUGGACUAAUCUGAAUCAGAUUUAUGGUCCUGAAGAGGAAUAACUAUCCAGAAUGUCACUAUAAAAAAGCAAGGAUUAGGGAACUGUCUGAAAAGAUGAACACAUAAUACCUUUUUUCUUUCCUUUCCUGUUAAUCCUUAAAAUAAGUUAUAUUUAUCAUCCGGACCCUGAGGUUAGAGAGGCUAAAACUACAGCGGUUGAGAGACAGCAAGAGACUGAAAGGUGCUUUUGUUUUGUUUUUAUUUUGUGACAUAAAAUCAACACAAGAACAACAGACGUUUAUUCUGUGACAUCUUCUCACUACUGUCCUUUAAGCAAGAUUUUGUCACAUGGGAAUCUGACUUAGACCAAACCUUAAAUAACCCAAAGUAAAAAGAAGGUAACUAUUAACAGUUGCUCAAGAGAAGAGAGCCGUUACUUUGCACAUUGAGUACAGGUGGUUGUACAUUAAACAAUAAUACAUAGUCUACAAAUAUAUAACAUAUAAUAUAUAUCAUAUUUAAAAAAAGCUAUGAUACAAUUUACAGAGUAGCAGAUAUCUGCAUCAGAGCUAAAUACAGAAUUUUGUUCUAAACGUAAUUAAAUUUGCUUGCAUAGAAAAAACAAGUUUGAAUCAAAUAGUAUAGUAUUCAGUGUUCUUGAAAUACGAUAGAAAGAAAACAGAAUUGAACCUUAAAAUAUGUAUUUAUAUGUGAAUAACAAGGAACAUGUUCUCUAGCAAAAAGCAAAAACAAGAAUAUGCUACUGAGUGUACACAGAUCCUAGUUUAAUAAAGUGAGAUACUCUGAA